ACAAACAAAAGAGAGGGGAAUGCAAUUGUAAAGUGAGUAAACAAUCACAUCUACAUGAGACAAGGCUAAUAAUACAAACACCAAAUAUAAUAAAGAAAAAUCAACAUAUAUAUUCCAUCUUUAAUAAAACAUCCUCAUCUUUCUUGCAAAACCACUUUCAUAUAUUCAUCAACCAGUGGAGAAGAUAUCACCAACUCCACCUGCUCCUACUCUGUACUAACACAAACCUAACAUUCCCUUCUCUCUCUUGAACACUUCUCUCUCUCUCUUGAACGCUUAAUAUAAAGGUCCAAGCCAUGAAGACCCUAACCCAAGUCCACAAGCCUAAUUGCAAAAGAGAGAGGGAGAUAUUAAGAGAGAGGAAAGAGGUUUCCAGAGUGAGGAAGGAUGCAUAGUGGAGGUGAUGGCUCUUCUACCACUGUUGUGAUCAAUGAACCAAACACUGGGAAAGCAGCUCCAGCUCAUCCUCCACCACCUCAAGUUGCUCCUUCGCCGGUGAAGACUAAACCAAAGAUGAGAGUGGGAGUGAGGCGUGGCUUGGCGGUGUUCGAUUUUGUGCUUCGCCUUUUCGCCAUCGGCGCUGCUCUUGCUGCCACGACAACCAUGGGCACCACUGAUCAAACGUUGCCUUUCUUUACACAGUUCUUUCAGUUCCAGGCCAGCUACAAUGAUCUCCCUGCUUUCACGUUUUUCGUGGUGGCAAACGCCAUAGCGAGUGGAUACCUUGUACUGUCGUUGCCUCUCUCCAUCGUGGCCAUUGUUCGUCCAAAGGCAGUCGCUCCACGCUUCACUCUCCUCAUCUUUGACACGAUCAUGGUUGCUCUAACCACUGCAGCCGCUGGAGCAGCUGCUGCCAUAGUCUACCUGGCUCACAAGGGGAACACGAGUGCGAAUUGGAUCGCUAUUUGUCAGCAAUUCGACAAUUUUUGUCAGAGAAUUAGCGGUGCAGUCGUGGCAUCCUUUGUGGCUGCGGUGCUCUUCAUGUUCCUUGUGCUGCUAUCUGCUGCUGCUCUUCGGAGACGCUAGAGAGAGAGAAGAUCUGUCCAAGUUGUGGCUACGGUUGUAGAGUUGUUUGUGGGAUUUUAUGUGGUUUUCUUGCUCUUAUUUCUUUUAUUUUCUCUGGUAUAAUGCUUGAAAUCUAGUGACGGGGGGAAAAGUGACUAGUGGAGAUGGGUAUCAGAUGUUUUAUGUGAUUAGCUUGGGUAUAAGCUUGAUGGAAUGGAAAUUGUGUACUUAUUUCUUUGGUUUU